AUGGUGAAAGAAUUAAAUAAAUCAUUUUCCAACACAUCAACGAAUUCAAUUGAUUCGGGAAUAUUUGAUGUUGAUGAUUUGAUUGAAACGUCGGAUGGACACAAAAUGAAUACCGGCGAUGUCGCCAGAAUGAUUUUGAGUGAAGCACAGAAGGAAUCUCGAUUAAUUUGUGGAUUAAACAAUGUGUCAAAGUAUUUGAGGGAAACUGAGAAUCCCGAGCAUUCGUUGUUCUUCUUCAUCGUCCCAUCGUCGUCUGGAGAUUCCUUGACACACAUGCAAGAAAUCGUUCUUCAGUCAUUCUGCUUCGAGAACGAUAUUUACAUCAUCAAAAUUGAUUCAGCGAAGAAACUCAACCGAAUCUUGGGAUCAAAGAACUGCGACACUUGUGCUUUGGUUCAAAGAUCAGCAGUUUUGGACAUGAAGAACGAAGAUGAAGAGAUCGACAUCGAUAAGUUCACAGAACUUGAAAAUAUUCUUAUCGAUCACUGCGAAGAAUUCUGGAGUGAACCAGUUCAACCAAUUAUCAGAUUAUCCACAACGUGA